AUGGAGGCACUCAAGCGGCUGCUGUCGCGUUCCCGGCGCUCCCAGUCUGCCGGGCCCCGAAUGCGCCUGCUGCAGCAGCAGCAGCAGCAGCAGCAACAGCAGCAGCAGCAGCAGGAACAGCAGCAGCAGCAGUUACAGCAGCAGCUGCAGCAGCAGCCGUCGGAGCCAAACUCCCCCAGAGAGCAGCAGAUACACCUACCAGGCCCAGCAGCCACAACAACAGCAACACCAGCAGCAGCAGCAGCAGCAGCAGCUGCAGCAGCAGCAGCAGCAGCAAGACGUGGUGGUAUAACCACCCCCCCAGCGAGGCUGUCUAUGGAGGAGCCGCUGCUGCGUCUUAGUGGUGCUGCACCUGCUGUUGCUGCUGCUGCUGCUCCUGCUGCUGUUGCUGCAGCAGCAGCAGCUGCUGCUGCUGCUGCUGCUGCUGCACGAGUGCAACACUCCGAGACUGCUGACUUUUCUCCUGCUGCCGCUGCAGGAGAAGCAGCAUCACCGCCGUCAACAGCAGCAGCAGCAGCAGCAGCAGCAGCAGCAACGAAAGCUGCAGCAACAGCAGCAGCAGCAGCAAGGAAAACUGCAGCAGCAACAGCAGCAGCAAGAAAUGCAGCAGCAGCACGCCCGCACAAUGAACCCAGGGAUGUGCUGCGGCGCUCGAAGCAACGGGGGGCCCACAAAACUCAGCAGCAGCAGCAGCAGCAGAAGCAGAAGCAGCAGCAGCAGCAGCAGCAGCAGUCUGAGGAGGCGGCUCUGCAGUUGCUGCUGCAGCUGAAGCCUUCUAAGCAGCAAACUGCUGCAGCAGGGCCCUCGCGGUUGUUGGGUGCAGCAGCAGCCCAGCAGCUGCAGCAGCAAGACGCAGCAGCAGCAGCAGCAGCAGCUGCUGCUGCUGCUGCUGUUGCUGCUGAUUUGCUGAUGUCGCCAUCGGGGUCUGCUGCUUCCUCUCCCGCUUCUCCCCAAUCUCCGCUGGGGCGUACUGCUGCCUCUGCAGCAGCAGCAGCAGCAGCAGCAGCAGCAGCAGCAGCAGCAGGAACAGCAGCAGCAGCAGCAGCAGCUGCUGCUGCUGCUGCUGCUGUUGCUGCUGAUUUGCUGCUGUCGCCAUCGGGGUCUGCUGCUUCCUCUCCCGCUUCUCCCCAAUCUCCGCUGGGGCCUACUGCUGCCUCUGCAGCAGCAGCAGCAGCAGCAGCAGCAGCAGCAGCAGCAGGAACAGCAGCAGCAGCAGCAGCAGCAGCAGUGCCAGAGGCAUCCUCUGACGUCUAUGCGGCUCCUGCUGCAGUCUGUAGGCCAUCUCCUGGAGCAGCAGCAAGCACAGCGGCAACAGCAGCAACAGCAGCAGCAGCAGCAGCAGCAGCAACACCUGCUGCUGCUGCUGCUGCUGCUGCUGCUGCUGUGCUGCCGGGGCGCAGCAGAGCGCGGGUGCUGCGUGAGGCUCCGCCGCUGGGGGUGUUGGGGUUGGGGUGUAUGUCAGCAGCAAACGAGAGAGAAGAAAACAGAGACAAAGUUAGAGAAACAAAAACAUUUGAUGCUGCUGCUGCUGCUGCUGCUGCUGCUGCAGCAGGGGCUGCUAGGGCAGCAGCAUCUGCUGCUGCUGCUGCUGCUGUUGCUGCAGCAGCAGCAGCAACAGCUGAAGAAUACACCCCUUCUACCUGCCCACAAACAGCACCAGUUGAUUCGCCCUUGCUGCUGCAGCAGCAGCAGCAAAAGAAGGAGAAGCAGCAGCAGCAGCAGCAACAGCAACAGCAGCAGCAGCAGCAGCAAAAGAAACAGCAGCAGCAACAGCAGCAGCAAACGAAACAGCAGCAGCAACUGCAGCAGCAAAUCAAGCGCAGCUGCAGCCCUUGCUGCAGCAUCCCUUCUUCCUCAGAAUCACACACAGCAGCAUCAACGCCAGCAGCAGCAGCAGCAGCAGCAGCAGCAGCAACAGCAGCAGCAGCAGCAGCAGCAGCAGCAGAGCAGCAGCAGCAGCAACAGCAGCAGCAGCAGCAGCAGCAGCAGCAGCAGCAGCAAGGCCGCAGGAAUGAGCAGCAGGAGCAGCAGCAGCAGGAGCAGCAACUACAGCAGCAACUUGCUGCUGCUGCUGCUGCUGCAGCUGAGGAGACACCUGAACUCCCCUUGAGGCCUUCAGCUCUCGAGAGAAGACCAGUGGCCCAUAUGAAACCCCAAACAAAUACAAAUAGCUGCAACACACAGCAGCAGCAGCAGCAGCAGCGCCUGCAGCAGCAGCAGCAGCAGCAGCACCAGCAGCAGCGGCACGUCUUGGUGCAGCGGCAACAGCAGCAGGAGCAGCAGCAGCAGGAGCAGCAACUACAGCAGCACCUUGCUGCUGCUGCUGCUGCUGCUGCAGCUGAGGAGACACCUGAACUCCCCUUGAGGCCUUCAGCUCUCGUGAGGCUCUCCCGCACAAUAGGAAGACAGCAGCAGCAGCAGCAGCAGCAGCAGCAGCAGCAGCAGCAGCCGCAGGGGCAGCGGAGACCUGAAUGCAGCAGCAACCGGGGCUCGGCCCCCGCUUACAGGAGGCUGCAGCAGCAGCAACCGUCGCAGCUGCAGCAGCUGCUCGUACAGAUGCUGCUGCAGCACGAGCAUGAGCAGCAACAGCAGCAGCAGCAGCAGCAGCAACAGCAUCAGCAGCAGCAACAGCAGCAACUGCAACAACAGCAGCAGCAACACACGCAGCAGAACGAUUUGCUGCUGCUGCAGCAGUUGCAGCAGCAAGCUCAGCUGCAGCAGCAUCAGCAGCAUCAAUACGAAGAGCAGCUGCAGCAACACCAACAGCAGCAGCAAGAGCAGCAGCAACAGCAGCAGCAGCAGCAGCAGCAGCAGCAGCAGCAGCAGCAGCAGCAGCACGGGGACUCAUCUUUUGGGGGGCACUUUAAAGAGCCCUCCCAGGUGACCCUUCCUUUGUCUACACAGCAACAGCUGCAGCAGCAGCAGCAGCAGCAGCAGCUGCAGCAGCUGCAGCAGCAGCUGCAGGAACAGCAACAGCAGCAGCCGUGCGGGGUUGUAAGCAGGGGCAUGCUGCAGCAGCAGCUGCAGCAGCAGCUGCAGCAGCAGCUGCAGGAACAGCAACAGCAGCAGCCGUGCGGGGUUGUAAGCAGGGGCAGCUGUAUGGCAGGCAGCAGCAGCAGCAGCAGCAGCAGCAGAAAGAGCAGCAGCAGGGACCGGGGUUACUCCUACGGAGAUGAAUGCAUGCAUAUAUACUGCAGCAGUGCACACAGCACGGAGCAGCAACUGCAGCAGCAGCAACAGCAGCAGCUGCUGCUGCAGCAGCUGCUGCUGCAGCAUAAGGAACAGCAACAGCAGCAGCCGUGCGGGGUUGUAAGCAGGGGCAGCUGUAUGGCAGGCAGCAGCAGCAGCAGCAGCAGCAGCAGCAGCAGCAGCAGGGACCGGGGUUACUCCCACGGAAAUGAAUGCAUGCAUAUAUACUGCAGCAGUGCACACAACACGGAGCAGCAACUGCAGCAGCAGCAACAGCAGCAGCUGCUGCUGCAGCAGCUGCUGCUGCAGCAUACCAGCAGCAGCAGCAGCAGCAGCAGCAGCACCCGCGUGCUGCCAGCAGCAGCAGCAGAACUCUGCUGCUGCCCAAUUCUGACUGAAACUGCCCGCGGCCCUCUCCAGCUACUGCAGCAGCUGCAGCAGCUGCAGCAGCUGCAGCAGCAGCAGCAGCAGCAGGAGCAGCAGGAGCAGCAGCAACAGGAACACCAACAGCAGCAGCAGGAACAGUUGCUUCGCUCAUCUACGUCCGACAAGCUUCUGCAGCAGCAGCAGCAGCAGCAGCAACAGCAGCAGCAGCAUCAGGAGCAGCAGGAGGAGCAGCAGCAGGAGCAGCAGGAGCUGCAGCAGAAGGAACAGCAGCAACAACUGCAGCUGCAGCACAAGGAGCAGCAGCAACAGCAUCAGAAGGAGCAGCAGGAGCAGCACAAGGAACCGCAGCAGCAGCAGCAGCAGCAGCAGCAGAGGGAGCAGCAGCAGCAACAGCAGCAGCAGCAGGCGGAUCUGCAGGGGAAUGAUUUUACGGGCCAUGAAGCGCAUGCAGCAGCAGCUGCUGCAGCAGAAACAACAGCAGCAGCAGCAGCAGCUGCAGCAGCAGCAGCAGCAGACGCAGCCUGCAACAGCACGAACUCCAGGGAAGCCCCUUCACCUAGCGCUGAGCAGCAGAAGCAGCAGGAGGAGAGGCAGCAACAGCAGCAGCAGCAGCAGCAGCAGCAGCAACAGCAGCAGCAGCAGCAGCAGCAGCAGCAGCAGGAGGUGCAGCAGCAACAGCAGCAGCAGCAGCAGCAGCAGCAGCAGCAGCAGCAGGAAGCAGCGCAACCGUGGCCGAGGGGGCCCCCUCUUUCUCUCCCAAUAAGUAAAACAACUGCAGCAGCAGCAGCAGCAGCUGCAGCAGCAGCAGCAGCAGACGCAGCCUGCAACAGCACAAACUCGAGGGAAGCCCCUUCACCUAGCGCUGAGCAGCAGCAGCAGCAGGAGGAGCGGCAGCAACAGCAGCAGCAGCAGCAGCAGCAGCAGCAACAGCAGCAGCAGCAGCAGCAGCAGCAGCAGCAGCAGGAUUGUUUUUAUUUUUCUGAAGCAUGCGACACAACAUUAAGAGAGCGCCGCAGGCGUAUUGCAGCUGCUGCUCCCCCCACGAAGACAAGCAGCAGCAGCAGCAGCAGCAGCAGCAAGGAGGUGCAGCAGCAACAGCAGCAGCAGCAGCAGCAGCAGCAGGAAGCAGCGCAACCGUGGCCGAGGGGGCCCCCUCUCUCUGCUCCAGAAGACCGCACGGUAGGCGGCACCACAGUUGCUGUUGAGGUACCUGUUAAAAAAAAAAAUAAUAACCAGCAGCAGCAGCAGCAGCAGCAGCAGCAGCAGCAGCAGCAGCAGCAGCAGCAGCAGCAAGGAGAAGCGAAAGAAAAUGGACAGACGAAAGAACAGCAGCAACAGCAGCAGCAGCAGCAGCAGCAGCAGAAUGAGCAGCAGCAAACCUCCAUCUCUCCCUCUCAGCAGCACCCCAACAGCAGCAACAGCAGCAGCAGCAGCAAUAAACCGCAGCAACAAGAAGCAGAAGAAGACGAGUCCCACCCCCAGCAGCAGCAGCAACAGCAGCAGCAGCAGCAGCAGCAGCAGCAGCAGCAGCAGCAGCAAGAAGAAGAAAUAGAAAUGCUGCAGGUUGCUACGCUUGAGGCUGAUCAGCAACUAUACUAA